CAGAAGUGCCGCAUUGGCAUCACACGUUGUGUAAGUGGUUCCCGACACUGUUGACAAUGAACGUGUAGUGCAAUAUAGUUAAAUCAAAAAUUUAAAACAAUGGCAGAAGAACCUAUUAAUUUAUGUAGUGAACAAACCAUAGACUACCACAUCAUAACUAUUUUCGAAAAACUAGAGGCUUUAAAAAACGACAACAAACAAAACUCACAGUGCGCCACAAAACUACCAAUUAAAGUUGAAAUACGUACCCUAGGAUUCUGGAGAUCCGUCAUCUCCGAGUGUAUAGCCUCCUUCAUAUAUGUAUUUAUUGUGUGCGGUGCAUCGGCAGGUGCCGUCGUCGGAGUCUCUGUUCCUUCGAUUCCUCUGGUUAUUCUUUCCACAGCGCUAGCAGCUGGCUUCGCUAUGAUAUCGUUGACACAGUGCUUUGGACACAUAUCUGGGGCGCACGUGAAUCCGGCGGUGACGAUCGCCCUAGGUGUCACAAAGAACAUCUCCUUCUUGAGGGCGAAGAUGUUCGUGGUGGCCCAGUGUGGGGGUGCGAUCGCCGGGGCUGCUUUCCUGUACGGGGUUACUGUACCCAAACGACAAGAUAUACCCAUGUUCACCGUUUCUGUAACGGAUGCACCAUGGGAGAAGUUUGGCAUCGAAUUCAUACUUACCUUCGUGGUAGUUUUUUCCUAUUUUGUAUCUAUGGAUAGUCAUAGCAAAUGGAUGGGAAAAUCAGCACUAACUAUGGGGGCGACGUACUCAGCUUGUACCUUCAUUUCUCCGAUGCCGCAUCUCAACCCGGCGCGAUCGCUGGGACCUUCUUUCGUCUUCAGCAAGUGGCAGAACCACUGGGUCUACUGGGUGGGUCCUAUAGUAGGAGGCAUAGCAGCGGGCCUAAUCCACGAGUACGUUUUCAACCCCAAACGUCACAAGCGUCCAAAUCAGUCAACCGAAGGCGAUUCGUCCAGUAUCCAUUCGGACGAAGAUACUUACGAUGAUUUGGACAAACCAGCUCCUAAGUACCACGGUUCUACGUACAACACGUAUAGGCCUUCUGGUACUACCACUGGCCCACCUGGUUGGUGUCCCAGUUUGACUUCUGCUAGUCUAUAUUCAGCUCCAGCUGUCAAGCUCGAACGUGUCGAGUCCUUGUAUGGUGGCACAAAAUCCCUGUACUGCAAAUCACCACCGCUGACGCGAGCCAAUCUGAACAGAUCUCAGUCGGUCUAUACGAAAUCCAAUAGUGGGGUGAAUAGAGAUAUCCUCCCGAAACCGGGCCCUCUGGUUCCGGCCCAGUCCCUUUACCCCAUCAAGCUGAACCAACAAACCCACGUCCAGAAUCAGAAUUUGCAAAACCAACAACAGCAGCAACGAUCCGAGAGCAUUUACGGAGUGCGGGGGGUCACUCCAGGGGUGGUCUCAAGAUCGGAUAACUACAGCACGACGGAACGUCCGGUUUACACCAGCAAAACCAGCGAUACCAAAUAUGAGGAAAAAAGUUCCAAGAGUGGUAGGCCGGAGUCUAUGUAUGGUAUGUUGGGUUCACAACGUCGGGGCCAAGCGACACAGUCGGACGAUUCGAGUUAUGGGUCGUACCACGGACCGUCGUCAAGGAGUAACACGUAUCAUUCCAACAGCACAAAUUUCCAGAGCAAAUCGAGCAGUAGCAGUAAUUAUGCGAAUCGGGGUACGGGAAGUUCAGAAGGACGGCCGCCUCCUUCUGGACAGCUUUUGGCCACGACGGGGAGUUCUACGUCCAGUUCCUAUCAUCACAAUCUCCCUCAGCAUUCGCCAAAUUCGCAAUACUGACGUAGGAAGCGUGUAACUUUUUGUUGAUUAUUAAUAUAUUUCUGACGUUUGUACUUUUCGCUAUGUUAGGUGUGUCCAAAGAAUACUAUGAUAUUAAUAAAUAUUCUUACAUAUACUCAUUUAUGUUAAUUAAUUUAAGAAGAAUGACUUGUAUUUACAGAUGUAAAUGCCAAAAAAAAUAAAUGUUUUUACGAAUCA